UUUUAAAGGACUGCUUACCCAAAAAAUGAAAAAAACACGAAGGACUUGUUGACACAUUCGUGUUUCAGUGCAGAGUAGCAGCUGUUAUCAAACCCCAAAAAUGGCGGCUUCUGUGCAAAUGCAGCUCCUCCACGCCAGACCUAUGAAAGCCUCUCCGUUUCCCUCAUUCUCCUUGCCGAGACCAACCUCCAUGCGGUGUAGAUGUUCCGCCGCCACCCCUUCGAAAAAAUCCUACUCCAUCACUCUUCUUCCCGGUGACGGAAUCGGCCCUGAAGUCGUCUCCGUCGCUAAAGACGUUCUUCUCCUCGCCGGCUCUCUCCAUGGGAUCAAUUUCGAGUUCAGAGAGAUGCUUCUGGGUGGAGCUGCCUUUGAUGCUGCGGGAGUCCCCUUACCUGACGAGACCCUUUCCGUUGCAAAGCAGUCUGAUGCUAUUCUCCUUGGUGCCAUUGGAGGCUAUAAAUGGGAUAAAAACGAGACGCGUUUGAAGCCAGAGACGGGUCUGCUUCAGCUACGAGAAGGACUUCAAGUGUUUGCAAAUCUCAGACCAGCAACUGUGUUCCCACAGUUAGUGGAUGCUUCAACUUUGAAGAAAGAGAUUGCUGAAGGGGUUGAUCUUAUGGUUGUAAGGGAGCUAACUGGAGGUAUCUAUUUUGGAAAACCCAGGGGCUUUGGUACCAAUGAAAAUGGUGAAGAGUUUGGCUUUAAUACUGAGAUUAAUACUGCACAUGAGAUUGAUCGCAUAGCUCGUGUUGCAUUUAAGAUUGCUCGGCAGCGUCGUGGGAAACUUUGCUCUGUUGACAAAGCCAAUGUACUAGAGGCAUCCAUGUUAUGGAGGAAAAGAGUAAUUGCAUUAUCACACGAAUAUCCUGAUGUUGAGCUCUCACACAUGUAUGUUGAUAACGCCUCAAUGCAACUUGUUCGCUAUCCAAAACAGUUUGACACAAUCGUAACAAACAACAUUUUUGGCGACAUAUUAUCAGAUGAGGCUUCAAUGAUUACUGGAAGUAUUGGGAUGCUUCCUUCAGCCAGCCUUGCGGAUUCGGGACCUGGGCUCUUUGAACCUAUACAUGGUUCUGCACCUGAUAUUGCUGGACAGGACAAGGCAAACCCAUUUGCCACUGUUUUAAGUGCCGCUAUGCUUUUAAGAUAUGGACUUGGAGAAGAGGAGGCUGCAAAAAGAAUAGAGGAUGCAGUUGUAGAUACUUUGAACAGAGGAUUCCGAACUGCUGACAUAUAUUCUGCUGGAACAAAACUAGUAGGAUGCAAGCAACUGGGUGAAGAAAUACUGAAGUCAGUUGAAUCUCUCGUUCCUGCUGCAGCAGUGUGACUUAAGACCAACUCAGCAUAGAAUUUCAGGGCCUUGUUUGAGACCAGCUCACAUUGAGUAUCAAAGCUCUCAGAUUUCAGAGGUUCUGCUACCAUCUGCAUCAAUCAUCAUGAAUGCUGCUUUCAACACCCAACCUGUGAUUGAACUUUCGGAAGUGGCAAGGUUGUUGUUUUUUCCCCGGGAUUAUUCAUUUGUUAGUUUCUUCCAUACGCGGAGCUAUUUGUAACAGUAGAAUAAUGACUGGUCUAGAGAUUGAACUUUUCACUGCCGUAAUGAAAACCCAGAAACUACUUUUAUAGCAUGCA